GGGGUCCAAAUUCCUCAGCUUCUCUGGGAGCGAGGCAUGCAGGGAAAAAAACGCAGACCACCCCUCUCCUCCUCCUCCUCCUCCUCCUCCUCCAUCAUCAUCUCUGCAGCACGGAGCUCCAGCAGCAGGAGGAGGAACAAUAAGCUGAGAGGAGAGAAGAGGAGUCACUGCAGUCCGUCCUCCUCUCCGGGUUCAUUUCUCUGUUUCUGCGGGAAGAGCCGAGCCGGUGCGAGCAGCUGCUCCGCGGAGGAGGCAGGGAGGAGCCGGAGGGAAGAUGUCCUCCCCGCAGGUCUCCUCGUCCCGCAGACAGUCAUGUUAUCUGUGCGACCUGCCCCGCAUGCCCUGGGCCAUGAUCUGGGACUUCACCGAGCCCGUGUGCCGCGGCUGCGUCAACUACGAGGGCGCGGACCGGAUCGAGUUUGUCAUCGAGACCGCCCGGCACCUGAAGCGGGCGCACGGCUUCCAGGAGGGUCGGUCCCCCGCCGGCGGACCGCCUCCUCCGCCGCAGCAGCAGCCCGCCGUGGCGAAGAGCCAGGCGGUGUUACUGACCGGGAAGGAGCCGGUGACGCAGCUCAACCACCACCACCACCAGGCGGACGGAGCGGGGAAGUCCCAGCAGCCCGGUCUGGACCGGUACUCGCUGGGUGCCGACGGGCGGGCUCGAUUCGACUACAGCGGACACAGCAGCAGCAGCAGGCUGCCGAACGGGCUCGGAGGACCGAACGGGUUUAAACCGGACGACGGACCCCCCGAGCUGAACCGACAGAGCCCGAACUCGAGGAGCAGGAGCCACGGGGGGCUGGUGUCGGCGCCGGGGCAGAUGAACGUGCCGCCGAACCUGCUGCCUCAGACUCUGCUGAACGGACCGCACGGCAUGACGACCAGAGCCGCCCCGCAGGGCUCCAUGGUCCCCCUGCCCGGACAGGUGGGGCUGUCCGACCCGGGAGGGAAGAGACCCGCCUCGGUGUCCAGCACGGACCAGGACCGAGAGCUGAAGGAGAAGCAGCGGAACGCGGAGGCUCUGUCCGAGCUGAGCGAGAGCCUCCGGAACCGGCAGGAGGAGUGGGCCAGCAAGCCGAAGAUGGUGCGGGACACACUGGUGACUCUGUCCGGCUGCACCCCGUUCGACGUCCGCUUCAAGAAAGACCACGGGCUGGUCGGGAGGGUGUUCGCCUUCGACGCCGUGUCCAAACCCGGGAUGGACUACGAGCUGAAGAUCUUCAUCGAGUACCCGAGCGGUUCCGGGAACGUGUUCUCCAGCGCGUCGGGGGUGGCCAAGCAGAUGUACCAGGACUGUAUGAAGGACUUCGGCCGCGGUUUGUCCUCCGGGUUCAAAUACCUGGAGUACGAGAAGAAGCACGGCUCCGGGGACUGGCGCCUGCUCGGGGAUUUAUUACCGGAGUCCCUGCGGUUCUUUAAGGAGGGGCUGGGGGGGGACAUGCUGCCGCAGCCCUACAUCGACGGCAGCUACCCGCUCCUGCCCACCUCUCUGGUUCUCCCCGGCCGAGCUCUGGCCUCGGGCAGCGGGAACGGCAGCUCCAGGGCCGGGGUGCGGAAGAGGAAAGCCUCCCCGGAGCCGGACUCUGCGGAGGGCGGGCUGAAGCUGACGGAGGAGCAGCAGAGGCAGCAGUGGAUCAACAGCCAGACCGAGGCGCUGAAGCUCUCCAUGGCCGCGGGCUCCUUCGCCGGGCCUCCUCCCCCGCUGGGCUCGGGACACCCCGGCCUCCCCUCCGGCCGCGCCUCGCCCCCGGAGUCCGCCGCGCCUCCGCAGAACGGACAGUCCCCGAUGGCCGCGCUCAUGUCGGUCGCGGACACGCUUGGGAACGCGCACUCCCCCAACAAGGACAGAGACUCGGUUCACUCCACCACCUCCUCCUCCAGACACAACAGCAGCAGCCCGGUGUCCCCCGCCUCCGUGUCCGGACAGAGGCGCCUCUCGUCCCGCAACGGAGACCUCGGGCUGUCCGCGCCGUCUCAGUCCGCGGGCGGCAUGGACCAGGUGCAUGCGCAAAACGUGCCCGACUCCCCCAUGGCCAACAGCGGCCCCCUGUGCUGCACGAUCUGCCACGAACGGUUAGAGGACACGCAUUUCGUGCAGUGUCCGUCCGUCCCCAACCACAAGUUCUGCUUCCCCUGCUCCAGAGAGAGCAUCAAGGCGCAGGGAGCCUCCGGGGAGGUGUACUGCCCCAGCGGGGAGAAGUGCCCCCUGGUCGGCUCCAACGUGCCCUGGGCCUUCAUGCAGGGGGAGAUAGCGACCAUCCUGGCCGGAGACGUGAAGGUAAAGAAGGAGAGAGACCCCUGAGGAGGAUGAAGGAGAGACUCUGUAAACUCACUGCUGAGCCUCAAACUCAUCACUGCUCUGAACACCCGUUAUUAUUUAGGUUUUUUAAAUGUGUGGGCGCUGAUGGAGGGAUAUUGAUCAGUCAGGUGAAACAGAUAAUCAGCUGAUUAGAUCAGACUGACAUUAAUACUCUGACCUGACACCAGAUCUGUGCCAUUUCACCUCUUCACAUGUCUUGUUUUGUCUGAGCAGCUGCUCAAAACAGAAAAUGGGAGAAUCUAUCAGUUACCUAAUCAUUUUCUAAUUAAUAGAUCAACACAAAUGAAGAUAAAUGACAGAAAACAAACACCUCAGUCCUGUCAACUCUUCAUUCUUUAACCUGUGAAUAAAGAGCCGAGGCCUCAGGUGCAUCGUCAUGAUUCCUCCAUGUUAGUAUUAUUCAGUCAGGUUUAAACACAGUCUGUAUGAAGGAGUGAAGUGUUUCUAUAUUUAAUUCAUUUAGCCUCAGAUAUUUAAAAACAAACAUCAUUCACAUGCAUCACAGUUUCUGUUGAAAACAAAAACAGACACAUUUUAAAUUUUAUAUUUGCUCCAUAAUUUCACAGAAACACGUCUGCUUUUAGCUUCAGUGAACUUAUAAACACCUCUCAGAUCAUAUAACAGGACACACUCUGAACAUUAUCUACAUUAUUUUAUGGCCUCUCAAAUCAUCACAUUUCAUAGCACAGGGAUUCAGAAGCAGUGGAUUGUUGUGAUAAUAAUAACCAGCCUUAUUAAUAAUACAUAUGAAAGAAUAUUGAAUUUGUCAUUGUCUGAAACAGGAAACGUGUCGUAUAUAUCUGAUGGUUCCUGAUUCAUUUCAGUAGCUUGUCUCUGAGCUGGUAAACAGAUAAACAUGUUUUCAUAGCUGAUUAUAGAUUGAUAUUGGUCAUUGAUCAGCUACAGUUUGUAAAGUUCAGACAGUGAGAGAGGUUCAGGUUCACUGACAACACUUAUUUAGAUAAUAAAGACACUAGAGGUAUUUAACUCUGAUCCAUGUUCUCGAUUAAUCCUGAGUCAGAAAUAACAGCAGAUUUUACAGGUUUGUAGCCAGAAUGUUAGAAAUGACACCUGCCCUUAAACUAAACACAGCAGAGCAAAUACUACUAACUGUUUCAUCAGGAAUAUUUCAAAAUGUUCCUUUAGGUCUUGAACCUACAGACGUGUAAAAUAGCGUGUUACAGCUUUAUUUCCCACUGAAGUCGUCUCCUCGCUGCUAAGAAUAAAACACUGAGUCAUGGUGCAGAAAUACUGGAAUUAGCAGUAAAAUGUAGGUUUUUAACUGUAGGAUGUAAAAACAGCAGCUGAGGACCAAAAUACAUUCACCGCUCAGGAUCAGUAGAAUCGUCUCAGUUUAUAUCCUGUGUUUUACUGUGUUCAGUCACACGCGUCACUCUGGUAGUUUUUAGACUAAAUAUUUUUAAACUGAACAAUUUUAGGCCAGAAAUAAAAAAUUGUUUUAAAAUUUACUGAAUUAUUUCCUCACCGCAGAAACAGCAUUUAGACAUAUCAUUGAUCAUGAAUCAUGAAAAACUCUGUCAUGAUGAUGAGCCUAAACCACAUCCAGAUCCUGAUCCAGAUCCAGUAGCAGGACAAAGUCAAGAUGAACUGAAGAUCAGACAUUUACAGAAAAUAUAACUGGACUGGAAUUUGUGGUUAAAACCACAAAAAUCCCAGGCUUUAUAGAGAAGACACAACCUCAGUGAUUCUUCAGAAACACAAGCAAAUUCAAUUUAUAAUGAGAUUAAAUAUUUUUUACUGAGGACGUGACCAGAAAAUGAGUCAUUGUUUAUACAUUUGUGAGCGUUUGGAUUAAAACACGUCACUGUUCAGGUUUCUCACCUGGGACACGUCAGAGGACGCUGCAGCUCUGUAAGAAUCUGAGGUGAUUUUUUUUUUAGACUGGAAAUAAACAGAAAAUUAAUUUAUCAAACAUCAGAAUCACUUUUGAAGGUAAAAUCCACUGGUUCCAGCUUCUCUUCUGGUUCCACGUGUGAAUAUUUUCUGGUUUUCUUCGUCUUUGAUGAAAAUAAAUGAAAUAUUUGACCUGUUGGUCGGACAAAACAAGACAUUUGAAAACGCCGGCUUAGACCCUGGUGGAUAUUUGUCACGAUUUUCUGACACUUUAGUGACUAAAUGAUCAGUUGAGAAAAUUAUUGCCAGAUAAAUCAAUAAUGAAAAUGAUCAUUAAUUGCAGCUUCACGUCAGAUUGUUUGAACAGCCCAAAACCACAAAGACAUGCAGUAAAAAAUGAGGUGACACAGGUUUUACUGAAGAUAUUAUCCAGAAAAUGAUUGAUAUAGAAAUGUAUCAUCAGUUUGUUUUUAAUCCAGUAAAGUCCUUCUCCAAUAGAGAUAUAUUUGUCAGCAUCUGAAACAUAUAACAGGAGAUCGUCGGCGUACAGUGAUAUCUUAGGAGUGCAGCCGUCUCUCCACUGACAGGUGUGAAGGAAAAAGACGUUUUUCAGGCUGAGCAGUUGCAGUAAGAGACUCGUUACAGGACGGAGGUUUCUGCAGAGAGUGAAACAUAUAAAUAUUCUUCAUGUGGAUGUUUCAGAAAAAGUCUUCUAACAAAGCGUCAGAGUGUUUUUGUUGUCGUGGAGGUGACGGAGGUGUGAACAGUGAUGGUGUGAUGUUGUGUUUAAACAGACAGACAGGCUCAGAGAGUGAGACAGCUCUCAGUCACAGUAAGAGACUUCAUCCUCACACUGUCAGUUUAUAAAACCACCCACGUGUCUGUAAAAAUACCUUUUUAUUUUUUAUAGGAGUUUAAAACUAUUUAUUUAUUUAUUUUUAGAUUUUUUUGCAUUUUUAAUGUUUAAUUGAUUAUUUUGUAAUUUUCUUAAUUUAAACAUUUUUUACGGCAAUAAAUCUUUUGUCUUCAGGCUUUCUGUGUUUUUCUGUUUUACAUUGAACAUUUGAUUCAGCACCACGAGAACACAUCAGCCCUCUCUGUUUUUUUGUAUUCUCUGAUCCUGUAGUGACAGAUGAUAAAAAUGAUAAAACAGAUGAAACAAACACUUUUGAUCUUGUAACGUGCCUUGGAGCUGAGUCAGUUGUAAUAAAUUUCAUUGGUAUGAA